GCCUUUCAAAACAUCAUGGGACGUCUCCGACGCUCCAUUACUCCGGUGAGGUACAUGUCAUACUCAUGCUCUGAAAAUGCGGGGUAUAACAGAAAGGACAAGAGGAUGAAAGUGAAAUGCAUGGCUACUAGCAUUCCUGCAGAUAAUGUGCCUGAUAUGGAAAAGAGGAAGCUCAUGAAUUUUCUUUUAUUGGGUGCUCUUGCUCUCCCCACUGGUGGCAUGUUUGUACCUUAUGCUACUUUCUUUGCACCAUCUGGCUCAGGAGGUGGUAGUGGUGGUACCGUUGCCAGGGAUGCGUUAGGUAAUGAUGUCGUUGCAACUGAAUGGCUCAAAACUCAUGCACCUGGAACCCGAACCCUCACACAAGGACUAAAGGGACUCAUACAUCCUACUUACCUUGUUGUGGAGAACGAUGGAACAAUCGCGACCUAUGGUAUCAACGCCGUGUGCUCCCACCUUGGUUGUGUUGUGCCGUGGAAUACUGCUGAGAACAAGUUCAUUUGCCCCUGCCAUGGAUCCCAAUACAACAGUCAAGGAAGAGUUGUUAGAGGACCUGCUCCUUUGUCCUUGGCAUUGGCUCAUGCAGACGUUGAUGAUGGGAAGGCGGUGUUUGUUCCAUGGGUUGAAACAGACUUCAGAACUGGUGAUGCUCCAUGGUGGGCUUAGAAUAUUCCAUCUAGCUUUAUUUUUAUAGUAUAUAUAUUCUCUUGUAUCAUUGUUACAUAGAGCUUAUUCCCUCUUUCAUUUAAAAAAAAAAAAAACAAACAAACAAACAAACAAACAAAAAAUGUAACUAUUGAAGCAUAAUCCUUGCAGUCCCAAAAUAACUUUUUUGUUUGGGGUACAGCUAUUUUUUUUUUGUAUUUAUCACUUUAUUUACAUCACUCCAUUUUCAUUAAGGUCUUUAAAAGAUGUUUUUGAAUGUGAUCCUAAAAACAAAAGUCGACCACUUUUAUCAGUGUUAAUGUUCAAAAUCAUAUUUUCAUU